AUGGGAUGGCCUUAUCAAUUUCUCGAGCUCACUUCCGAUGAGAAGAACCGCCGCCGAGAACUUCUUGAUCGAUAUGCGCUGUAUGCGCAGGUAUCGAUACUGAUUCCAUUCGUGUUAUAUGCUGUUGCGCGCUUCUGUGUGUGGCUGGCGCAUGGAAAGGGAUGGUUCAGAUUGGGAUAUUCACCGUUGGGUCAAUUGCCUGGGGUCGCGGCAUCUACUCGAGCGAAGUAUGUGCAAUCACGGACAGCCCUUCAACGGCGCAGGAAAGUACAGUGGUGGCUGGAGGAUGAAUUCGCCCCGGGCUGGGGGCUGAGAGGACGUUGGAUUGCCGCCAUCGUUUGGGCGCUUUGGCUGCUGGUUCUGUGUCUUCUCCACACGGGAAAUGACUACAUACAUAUCACAAAGCGAUUCGGGAUUAUCGCGGCAUCUCAAAUGCCGUUGCUCUUUCUUCUAUCAAUGCGGACGCGAUUUUCUCCGCUUACUACCGUUCUGAGAUCCUCACAUGAGCAUAUGAUUCAUUGGCAUCAACUGUGCGCUCGUAUUGUCAUGACUCUCAUCGGUCUUCAUGGAGCUUGGUACUUGAAUUUUUACCUGCAAAAAGGCAUCCUCAGAGAUCGUCUGCAACACCAGCAUCCACUCACAGGCCUCAUCGCUCUCAUGAUGAUUUGCGCGAUUGCCACUACCAGUCUGGAGAAAGUCCGACGGUGGAGCUAUCGAAUCUUCAUCUACUGCCACAUUUCCGCCGGUUUGGCAAUUUGGCUUGUCCUGCUUUUCCACGCAAAACCACUUCGCUUGUAUGCUGCCCAGAGCUUGGCAAUUUACGCCGUCGACCGUGUGCUUCGAUAUUACGACACUAUCACUGCAUCGCCCAUUAUCACUGAAAUACCCCAAACGAAUCUUCUCAAAGUGGUCUUGCCAAUCGCGCCGAGAAAGCUGGCUCGCUUUGGAACUAGUCCGGGACAACACAUCUAUCUGUCUUUCCCAGUCACAGAUCGUUGGCCCUGGUGGAAGAGCUUGCUUUCGAAUCCUUUUACAGUGGCCGAUAUCUCUACGGGACAAAUCACGCUUGUGCUGCGAGCACGACAGGGACCCGUGACGCGCAUGCUUCUGAAGCAUGCGGGCCAUGUCAAGGGAGCACCGAUGCUGAACAUUGAGGGGCCAUAUGGAGGAUUCCCACCCAUGCUUGAAAUAGCAUCAGGUGUUGACCGCGUCUUGCUCGUGGCAGGGGGGUCGGAGCAGCUUGGCGAUGAUCGAAUCCACUUUGUUUGGGCUCUCAAAUCUGCCGCCGAAGCGGGCUGGACACUUGACUCGGAAGAACAAAGAUCGGUGCAGCGGUCAAAUAUCUCAAUAUACUUGACUGGGAGCAAUCCGAAUGGCAAUUAUGGUGAGGUAUCAGACGACAACGGGGUGGAGAUGAAUGUCCUACAAUACAACAACACCGCGAUUUCAGGGCUUCAAACGCAGACAGGACGGCCUGACUUGAGAAAGCUUGUGGAUGACAUGAUGAGCUAUCGGACCGAAGAACGAGUUGCAGUGAUCUAUUGUGGUCCCAAGAAUAUGGGUCGAGAGCUACGAUAUCAUGCCGGACGAUGGGUAGCCAAAGGUCGACACGUGAAAUGGCAUGAAGAAUGCUUCGGAUGGUAA